AUGAACUAUGGAGCUGGACCAUCACACCUACCUUCUUCUUCUUCUUCUGAUGACGAAACAUUUUCUCAUUACGUUGAACAAUGGGAGGAGGAUAUGAAACAAUGGGAGGAGGAGGAUGAAAUCUUAGCUCGUCUAUAUGUCUCUAACAAUAAAAUAAUGGCUUAUUUCUCUAAAGAGGAAGAGAGGCCAAAACGUAUCGGCUCAGUUCCUGGUCAUUUGGUAAUCAACCGUGGGAGGGAAGAAGGUAAUUCUCGACUCUACAGUGACUAUUUUUCUGAUAAUCCCACAUACGUUGCAAAUUUGUUCCGUAGAAGAUUCCGAAUGCAAAGGAGUCUUUUCCUUCGUAUCGUCGACGCUGUACGAGAGCACGACAACUAUUUCAUACAAAAGGUGGAUGGUGUCGGCCGGCUUGGACUAUCUACUUUACAAAAAGUAACAGCAGUAUUUCGCAUGUUGGCGUAUGGUGCACCGGCAGAUAGUACUGACGAAUAUGUAAGGAUUGGCGAGUCAACUAUAAUUAAAUGUUUGAAGAGGUUUUGCAGAGCAAUUGUAGAAGUGUAUGGAGAUGAAUACCUUAGAUCCCCCAAUACCGACGAUGUUGCAAGACUGUUACAAAAAGGCGAAGAGCGGGGUUUCCUAGGAAUGUUGGGAAGUCUAGACUGUUCUAAUAACGAUAUUAAUGUAUUACAAGCAUCUAAUUUAUUUGACAAUCUAACACAAGGUAUUACUCCUCCUGCUCAUUAUACAAUUCAAGAAAAGAAUUAUGAUGUCGGUUAUUAUUUAGCCGAUGGCAUAUAUCCGAAAUGGCCAACGCUUGUUCAAACCAUUUCCAAAUCCGAAGAUAAAAAGAAACAAUAUUUUGCAAUGAUGCAAGAAGCUUGUCGAAAAGAUGUGGAGUGA